ACACUUUUUUUUUUUGAAAUGUAAUGUUCAUUAAGAAAGCAAUUGGGCUCAGCCCACAAAGGAAAUGUACAAGCAGAACAAAGCAACUAGGACUGCAAAAAAACAACCCAACCACAAGGCUCACAGACAAACCCGGAUACCCAAUAGGGUCCAGGCCCAAGGCCCAAACAAGUUGAGCCCCUCCCACAACCCUAGACGCAGCCGCCCCCUCUGUCAUCUUCCAACCGCCGUAGCAGAGGAGCAGCCACAGGAAACAACAGCAGCUCCCACGUCGAAGCACGCCACCGUGAGCCGCAUCCCAGAACGGCCAUCCACCAACCCGGAAGGCGAGUGGAGGAGGGCAUCACCUCCGGCCAUCUCAUCUCGAGCCGAUCGCCGCAAGCAUCCCGCCGCCACACAAAGGAAACCUUCAGAACAACCGGACAGACGGAGGAGGAGACGGAGGGUUAAAAUACAUCUGUCUUCAAGCUCUCCCAACCGGGUCCUCGCUAAGGGCUGCAUCUCCAGAUCGCCAAUACCUGCAAGGCAAAACAAGGAGGUAGACCAAAGGAGAGGAGAUGAGGAGACAAGCCAGAUCUGACGCAGAUCCGACCACUAUCGCUUCUUGAACUGGGCAACCAUCUCCAGAUCUGGAGGCCAAAUCGGAGGACAAAAACUUCAACCCACUGAGGGGGGCAAAGGAAACAACCAGAGGUAGAAGAAAGCAAAUAACAAACGAGGAAAAAAGGCCCAUGUGUGGCCAAAAAAAGCAGAACCAAAGAAAAGGAAACCAUAAUGAAAAAGCACCAAUUGAAGGAGAUGGAGGAAAAGCCAUAAAGAAAGAAAAAGGGGGCGGAGGGCCGCCGCCGGUUGCCAGAGGAGAGCGGGCGGCAGCCCCCAUGGGUGACUUUUAGAGAGAGGUCAGAGCAGAAAAAGGAAAAGAGAGAGAAGCUGUAGAGGAUAUGAGUUAAAAAAUUAAAUAUGAGGAU